AUGGAUGGAAACACUGAACAAGGACACAGUAUUCGUGAUGAUUCCUCCAGCGUACAUCCUAAGCUGCGUGGUAAACGAAAAGCGACCGAUGAUCCUAUCGGAGCGGGAGGAUCAUUGGAUUCACCUCCCAGUUCGUGUUCACUGCUAGUCCAGCUACAUGUGUCUUCGUCUUCGUCAGGAUCGCAACCACAACAACAGCAGCAUACAUAUGCAUCAAGACCAACAACAGCAGCACCUCAAGGAAUGACACUACAGUUUGACACUCUUGCACUAAUGGAACAGUUGAAAAAACGUAAUCUAGGACUUGAAAUACCGACGAAUUUUACCGUGGAAUCAGUGAAUGAAACAACAAUCAAUUUGGAAGUGUGGAAAACAAGUCGUGUGCUGGCUCGUCCACCUGAUACUGAAGGAUAUCUGCCAGCAUGUAUUAAAGGUGUCAGAGCAAAUAAAGACAUUACUGUACAGUUUGAUAAUGGUACUGAACAUGUAUUCGAAGACGUGAUAACAUCAUUGCGUGAAUAUCCUGACAUACUCGCCGAUCAAGCACCAAGCCCUGAUUCGAUCAAUGUUGCGGACAUAGUUUGCGUGAAGUGGAGGAAUGAUGAGAACAUAUAUCAUCUAGCUGAAGUACUGAAAAAAACUGCUUGGCCCAUAAUGUUUCAGAUGCGUUUACAUGUCGGCAUUUCAACUGAUUUUUGGUUUCACCGUGCAAGUAUACGGUUGUUACGUCCACCUUGGUAUGAUGAACUAAGUGCCAUAAACAAUUACAAUACGGCUGUCAAAAGCCGUGAUGAAAACGGUGGAAUAUAUUCGAACAGCUCUUCUGGAGUACUGACAAGUACAGUAACGCAUUUUUCACCUCCAACUUUACCAAGUGUUAUUCAAACAACCUCAUCCAGCCGUUUGAGUACGACAGAAACUGAAUCUCAAACAUUGCAAAAAAAAACAAGCUAUAGUGAUGCUGCAGAUUCAGAUGAUGAGCCGAUGAAAGAUGAUCAGAUUGACGGUACAUCUGACGCGAACAAUUUUUCGGGUAAAUCAACGCCAAAGUCUGCUGUAGGAGCAACUGCUGCGGAGCGAAUGUCAACGCAGUUUUUUGGCCUAGCACCAAACCAAGCGGUUUCUAGCAGUUCGACAACUUUUGAUGAAGUCCAGCAAGUACAACAGUGUGUAGCAAGUCAAGCUGUCUCAGCAGCUUGCGCUGCAGCUGCGCAGCAGCAGCAGAGAUACAAGAAAGGCGAAAUCGUAACAACACCAGGUGGAAUUCGUAAAAAGUUCAAUGGGAAGCAGUGGAGACGGCUAUGCAGCAAAGAAGGUUGUAACAAGGAAUCGCAACGACGUGGCUACUGUUCAAGGCAUCUUUCACUGAAAGGGAAAUCUAUUCGAUCAGAGUUUAAUCUUGCUACUACACUUUCACCAGGUGGUAGUUCGAUCGAAUGGUCACAUGGAGAAUUCUCAGAGUUGAGUCCAGUAGAAGCACAAGGUCGUCGAUUCGACGAAACUGAUGUUGCCAAUACUCUCUUGAAUCUUCAUAACACUCACGGUUUUAUGCCAUCUGCAAGUGUAGAACAACCAUUUUCAUCAUCAGCACCGGCACGGUUUCACCAUAUUAUUCCACCAAAUCCUUUAGCUCCAAAGUUAAUGUCCGGCAGUGCACCACCUUUCUCACAUUCGUGUAAUGUAGAUGAUACCCUUACUGAAGCGAUCAAGAUAGAUAAGUCAGUUAUUAAUCAUGGUGUGUAUCAUCCGAAUUUAAAGACCGUGACAGAUCGACUCGUCGAGCGAACCUAUCCACAACCAUGUGAUUUACUGCCUGUUAUGCCUAUACAAAUCCCAAGGAAAAAGAAUUCUGCGUUGGAAUUGAAUAUAUGUACGAAUGCAAAUAAUUCAUUACUGAUGCAAUUUGCUCCUCGUUUCGACCCGUUCUCUUCGUUCAGUAUGUUAUCAGAAGUGUCGAACAAUUUGGGAGCUUCAAAAUCGGAUGACUUAACAUCUCCGAUAGGAGAUUUUUUAACAAGCAAGAAGUUUUCCGAGAGUGACGAUAUAUUGGAUGAUGCAAGCACUGCUGGCACGGAUACGGAGGUAGAUGACGCAAGCGAAAAAACACAGUCUUGCAAGGGCGACGGCUGCAAUGAUGAAAAUAUAACAGACAAUGACGAUUUUGAGGAGGACUGCAGCAAUAGUGUUCAUGAACAACUUUUUCAUGGAAGCGAAAGAAGCGGAAGUGCGAUUGGAACAUUCUCCGGUGACAAUACUGCGAGGCAUAAUAUCAUGGAUGACUCAGAAGGAGAAACUGAUCAGGAAGGUGAGAGAUUCUCGUUAUCGAUUCCAUGGCAUCAUUUGGUACCACAUUUACAGAAACGAGUAUUCGAAAACUCAUUAAAGGAAUUUGCAUCAACACCUGAUGAUUCAGCGCAAGAUACGGAUCAAAAAGAAUUCAGUGAUGACCAACAAACUAGUGGUACUGAAAAGAUGCUCGAUGGAGAUCAGGGUGGUACAAACCAACAGUUCGGUGCCGAAGGUGACAGAUGUGAUAAUGUUACUGAUUGCACUGAUAAAGUGCAAAAUCGUAAAAUGAUCGACGACGAUAAAAACAGAAAAGAAGGAACUAAGAAUAAUACAUUGGAGAGUGAAGAUGUUCAACAACAUGGCGUUAGCCAAUGCUACAACAAGGAUUAUGAAUUCGAAAAGAGAGACGGGAGUACAAGUACUCAGCUUAUAGCGCAUUAUGGAUCGGAGACUUCGAAGACUAUUUUGUUUGAUCAUUUUAACUUCGAGUUUGAUGAAGAAACAUUUGAAUUUGAUACAAGUGAUGAAUCAAUGUCGAUGAAUCAAUUAUCAAAAAAGCGUAAAUUGCAAACAGUGCUCUGUCCAGAUAUUUCAAACAAAAAAGCUGUUCGGCAGCACAUACGUCGGCCAAUGAAUGCUUUCAUGAUUUUUUCAAAACGACAUCGACCGUUAGUACAUGAAAAGUAUCCGAAUCGUGACAAUCGAACAGUUUCGAAAAUUCUUGGUGAGUGGUGGUACGCACUAGGCCCCGAGGAAAAGCAGAAAUAUCAUGAUCUUGCCACCCAGGUUAAGGAAGCACAUUUCCGUGCUCAUCCAGACUGGAAAUGGUGCAGUCGUGAGAGAAAGAAGACAGCAAAUGGUAUCAGAUUGGAAGCAGAAAUACAUAAUGCUAUGAGUGAUCUCGAUAUUUCGGAUCAGAUGGCGUCAGAAUGUAUCGAUGGGAAUUCUCUUCCACUGUUCAGUCCAAACACACAUACAAUUCAUCACCCGAUAUCACUGAAGCCAGAAAUAGAUAUGGUUCCAGGAUCACCACUGGUUAGUCCUGGUUGCAUUCCGCUAUCACUCAUGUCUUCAGGCAAUGAUCAACGAAACGACAAACAUUGUUUGGAUCUGCUGCAGCCGAUCAUGGGUUUGAGAACUGAUAGUGGUAGCAAAAUACUGGCUGACAAUGUGGAUCAUGUCAGCAACAGUGUACUACAACCGCUUGUUUCAUCACUUCAUCCCUCGUCAUUUUCGUGGAAUACAACUAUACCGGAUCUUGCAUCACAUUCCAUCCUUCCCGCUGAAAAGCAGCACCAUUGUCAUUAUACAUAUGGAACGUUCAAUACUCUGCACACCUUUUGUAACAAAGCUCACACAGCCUUCAAUUCGCUGAUGGGUUUUUCGACAGCUGAUCGGCUUCAUUUAAAUGGAAAUACUGCAGUGGAAUCAGCUGCACAAUUGUUUCCACUUCCGGUGUCGAUGUCAUCUGAAAACAGCCUUUUAAUUCCAUUAAUUUUGUCUCGUGAAUCAGGCAUGCAAAAUCGAUCUGUUUUGAUUUCAUACAAUGAGCAAGCAAGCCGUGUUGCUAACUUAAAUGCAGACAGUACCUUCAGAAAUCAGAUCUCAUCGGGGACAGAAUUCACUUUUCCCAGGAAAACUCAUCAGCAGGUAUCACUUGCACACCAAGUUGUUCCUCAUUUUCGUAAUGAUAUUUUCGAUAGCGAUCAUCGCAACAUCAAUAUGGUGAGCUCAAGAAGUUCAGCUUUCCAGGUUACGGUUAUGAAAUCUACAAAGGUAGAACAAAAAGCGUUGGAUGGUAAUCAUUUGGAAAGUUUUUCUGUGGAAUUCACGCAACCAUCAGAGAUCGCCUCUUCAAUUCCACAUGGUUCAUUGACUAUAGUCCCCUGUACAAAAGAAAACCUGGAUACUUUUGUGUUAAUGCCCACCCCAGCUCAAAGAGGUAUGGCAAAAGGACAGCUGCGAAGUAUGAAAAUUGAGUCUGCAGAAAAAAGUGAAUUGGAAAAGCCUGAGACAGUUCAGAAAUCAAGAGCUGAGAAAGAUUAUAAGGAAUUGAACGAAACAAUAGACGUUGUUAAUGUUUCUACAAUAUCAAACAGAUUAUCGAGUAACGGAAGUCCAAUCAAAAAGCUUUUUAAACGGAACGAUGAGAGCAUGGACAGGGUUUUAAAUCAAGUGGACUUCGAGAAGAAAUUUGCCAACUUACCGGCAUUCACUCCUGAUGAUCCGCAGAAAGGCACAGCAACACUUCCUUCAACACCUUCAGCUCUCUUGAGAACAAUUUUGGAAAAGCAGAAAUGUAGCAAAGGUGACUAUGAUAGAAAAGAGGCACCUCUAAACAUUUCUCACACUGUACAAUCAAAACCAAAGACUCCAGCGAUCGCAUCUGCUCGAUAUGACUCUUCUUUCUUUUUCGGGUCGAAUUUCAGUCCAUCAGCGCUUCACAAUCAUGAUGAUAGUAUUUCUCCAUUGCUCUAUAGUCCGCGAACACCAAAAACGCCUCUUGAUAGUUCAACUGAAAAAUCAUCAAGUCGCAAAUUACUUGAUCAUCGGCGACAGUUGGUAGUUGAACUUCUUGAAGAAUACGGGAUGUUUCCUUCAGGACAAGCUAUUUCGGCUUUCCAAAAUAAAUAUCGACAGUUCUUCCCCAACAAGCAAACUUUAACACUUAAAAUUCGUGAAAUGCGACAAAAAAUGAUGGCAAGUAUGCAAUCUCCCACAACACCGUCGGCAGACUGCUCAUUUUCUCAGAAACAAAGCAACUUGUUCGUAAAGCAGUCUGUUUGUACAUCGUCAUCUGAACAUUGCUCCAGUUCGAGUACGAAUCAUUGGCUUCAAAAGCGGCGUGAAAAUUAUUUGUCAUGCUACUGCGCAUCGGAUACACCAUAUAUGAACUUCUCGAAAGAAGCUAUGGUACAAGCUGUACUACAUUUAAUUUAA